CGGACACAUUCAUUGCCAUUCCACACUCGAAGCCCCUGUAAUUUCUUGCGUACUUUUCUUUUCUUUGAAAUUUCCACACUCCGAUUCCGAUUCCAAUGUCGACACCGGAAUCCCAAAACCCCGUCGCCUCCGACCCAACAACCGAAGACGCCUCCUCUGUAAGCAAAAGCGCUACGAAAAAAGCCGCCAAAAAAGCCGCGAAAGAAGCCAAGAAAGAAACCCCGGCCGCGGCGGCCCCCUCUCUCGCCGUCGACGAGCAGGACCCGCUCGCCUCCAACUACGGCGAAGUCCCGCUGGUCGAGCUACAAUCGAAGACGGCUGAGGACGUCAGCCACUGGACCGAGGUUGGAAACCUGACCGACGCGUUGGAGAACCAGUCCGUGCUGAUACGUGGCCGGGCGCAGACGAUUCGCGCCGUCGGGAAUAAGAUGUCGUUUGUUGUCGUCAGAGAGAGGGGGUUUACGGUGCAGUGCGUGGUGACGGUGCAGCCUGACACCGUGAGCCGCCAGAUGGUGAAGUACGUCGCUGGGUUGAGCAGAGAGUCGAUUAUCGAUGUUGAAGGCGUCGUGUCUGUUCCUAGUGUCGAGAUUAAAGGCACCACGCAGCAGGUGGAAGUUCAAGUAAGGAAAUUGUAUUGUGUGAGUAGGGCUGCUGUCUUACCAAUUAACAUUGAGGAUGCUGCUAGGAGUGAUGUCGAAAUCGAAAAGGCGUUGCAGGCCGGAGAAACACUCGUUCGGGUUAAUCAGGAUACCCGCUUGAAUAACCGAGUUCUUGACUUGCGAACACCGGCAAAUCAGGGUAUAUUCCGCAUUCAGAGUCAAGUUGGAAAUAUCUUCAGGCAGUUCUUGAUAUCCGAAGGCUUUUUUGAAAUCCACUCGCCAAAGCUGAUUGCUGGUUCAAGUGAAGGUGGUGCUGCUGUUUUUAAACUCAAUUACAAGGGUCAAGAGGCCUGCCUUGCCCAGUCACCUCAGCUUCACAAGCAGAUGGCUAUAUGUGGUGACUUCGGCCGUAUUUUCGAGAUUGGUCCUGUUUUUAGAGCUGAGGACUCCUUUACCCAUAGGCAUUUGUGUGAGUUCACCGGUCUUGAUGUUGAAAUGGAGAUCAAGAGGCACUAUUCUGAGGUGAUGGACGUUGUUGGUCCAUUGUUUGUUGCAAUGUUCGACUCCUUGAACAAGAACUGUGCAAAAGAGCUUGAAGCUGUGGCAAGGCAGUAUCCAUUCCAACCGCUAAAGUACUUGCCAGAGACGCUACGUUUAACAUUUGAAGAAGGUGUUCAGAUGCUCAAGGAAGCUGGUGUUGAAGUGGAUCCUUUUGGGGACUUAAACACCGAGAAUGAGAGAAAAUUGGGCCAACUAGUUCUGGAGAAGUAUGGCACCGAGUUCUACAUACUGCACCGCUAUCCUUUGGCUGUUAGGCCAUUCUACACAAUGCCUUGCCAUGACAAUCCCGCUUACAGUAAUUCGUUUGAUGUUUUUAUUCGAGGCGAGGAGAUUAUUUCUGGAGCACAGCGUGUACACGUUCCAGAGUUAUUGACUGAACGUGCACAGGCAUUGGGAAUUGACGUGAAGACGAUAUCAACAUAUAUUGAUUCUUUCAGAUACGGUGCACCUCCACAUGGUGGAUUCGGAGUAGGGCUGGAGCGUGUUGUCAUGCUUUUUUGCGGUUUGAAUAACAUCCGCAAAACUUCUCUCUUCCCUCGUGAUCCACUUAGGCUCGCCCCCUAGAGGUGCCACUGUUCAUUAACACUAUCGGAGAAUUUUGUUUUUAUCAGUUGUACGAAACCAUCUGUUCUUACAACUGAUGGCAUAGACAUACACUGAUACACAUACAUGCCAUGUUCAAAAUCGCCAUUUUUGUUGUCUGCUCGAGUCGUUUUAUUAAUGUUCAUAUGAUUCAGAGUUGAACGAAUGGAUUAUUUGCUAUA